GGCCAGACCGGACUAGGCAUUAUGAUCAUCGAGGGUAAACACGCGGAGUACGGCAACGGGAUCUUCAUCUCUGACUUGCAAGAAGGAUCAGUGGCCGCUGAGGCUGGACUGCUAGUAGGAGACAUGAUUUUGUGUGUCAACAAGGAGGAAAUGGUUGGUAUUGACUAUGACCAAGCUACUAGUAUUCUCAAGAAAACCGAGGGUGUCAUCAAUAUGUGGGUUGCCAAUGCAGCUAGAGGAAAAGAUGGCAAGGUUCCGGAGAAAGAAGAAAAGAAGGAGAAAGAAAAGGAAAAAGAGAAAAAGAAGCCAGAUGUGCCACCAAAACCAACACUUGGUCCUAAACCUGCCCUGCCUGCCAAACCCCCAUUACUCUCUGCAACGUCACCUUUGUCGGCGCCCAUAUUAUCGUCGUCUAUGGAUGAACCUGCCAUUCCCUCCUCACCCCCAUUACCCCCUGCUCGACUGGCACCCAUUGAUCGAUUACCUUCACAUGCUCUAACGUCCAUAACAUCCACCACUUCGUCAACUUCAACGACAUCAUCCCCAUCCUCGCUUCCUCCUGCAGAGGAGAAACCUCAGGACCCAGGAACUGCAGAAAUCCGGCCUGGCAAGGAGACCACCAUAGAGAUCAUCAAAGAAAAAAUGGGACUUGGCCUGUCCAUCGUGGGAGGCUCUGACACACUACUGAGAGGUGCUAUAAUUAUCCAUGAAGUGUAUCCUGAUGGUGCAGCCGCCAAGGAUGGACGACUUAAGCCCGGUGACCAGAUUCUUAAUGUGAACAAUGAAAACUUUAGAGAAAUAACUCACCAGAAGGCUCUAAGUGUUCUGCGUCAAACACCUUCAAAGGUGAAGAUGGUUGUUUAUCGUGAAGAAGGAACUCAAAAGGAAGAGGACCUCUAUGACACCAUCACCGUCCAGCUCACCAAAAAAUCUGGGAAGGGUCUUGGACUUUCAAUAGUUGGACGCAAGAAUGGACCAGGAGUUUUUAUAUCUGAUGUGGUCCCAGGUGGUGUAGCAGAGAGCGAUGGGCGUCUAAUGCAAGGAGAUCAAAUUUUAGAGGUGAAUGAUAAGGAUCUCCGGCAAGCAACCCAAGAGCAAGCUGCAGCCAUCCUGAAAUGUGCGCCAGGUUCAGUCUCCAUGAAGCUGGGGCGGCUCAAGGCUGGCAAGAAAGCCAAUUCUAAUAACAAUGCGAACAGUACUUGGCCAGUGACAAUAAGUGACAGUUCCCCAGAUAGCUCCAACAGUCCAUCCACGGAGCCCCCCGUUCCCAUUCCCCGCACACACAUCCCUCUCCACCAGCCACACCAUCUUCCACCACCACAACCACACCAACAUCCACAACAGGAGACUCAGGAACCAUUGGGCAUAAGGACAAUUUUGCUCGAAAGACGUGACGAUGGUCUAGGUUUCUCAAUUGUUGGAGGCUUUGGCUCCAACUUGGGAGAUCUGCCCAUAUAUGUGAAAAGUGUGUUUGAACGCGGUGCAGCAGCUCGCGAAGGAUCCCUAAGACGUGGCGAUCAGAUUCUGGAAGUGAAUGGACAAUCUCUUGCCGGUUUGACCCAUGCUGAUGCAGUGGCUAUUUUGAAAGAAGCACGAGGUUCAGUUGCACUUACUAUUUUGCCGUCUAAGUGAACUAUAGCAAUGUUCGCACUUUUGUUUUCAAUUUUGGUGUUUUUUUAAUUGUUGCAAAUGAAGGAUAGUUCUGUAAGAUGAUACAGUUUAACAUAAUCCUUGCUAAUAAGUCUUUGAUGCUUUUUCUGUAUUAAGUUCUCUUUAUCGUUAAUGAUUGAGCUAAUCCAAGGCUUAUUUGCAAUGUCAUGUUAAUAAUAAUGCUUAUUAUGGUCAGUUAUCACAUUAAUUCUCAUAUGAACACACAAGAUGGGACUCAAAUUCCUCACAGUAAUACAUAUUGCCUGAAGCAUUCUAUGGACUGUAAAUUGUUUGUCUGCAAAGUCCGGUACACUGUACUACACCAAUGUGUGGCCUUUAGAGAUUGUGGUAGUUUCAUAUCAGCUUCAUUUCCACGUGAGUGUUAUGGCUUACAUUUUGUUGUACUGACCACCACCAUCAUCCCCCGUUUUGUUAAUGUGGAUGCAUGAAUGAAACAGAUGACCUGAAGCAUCUGAACUGAAAUUAGGGAAUCUGAAUUGUGGAUUUGUAACAGGUCGUUGGUGAUAAAUGAUACGUAAAGAUAAAAAAUGCACCUUUGGUGAAUAUCACUAAUAAUCAAAACCUAAUGUUUCCCAAAAGCAAAACAGUCAGCAAUAUGAUGAGGAAAGAAUUGUAAACUUAAAUGUGACUCCUAUGAAAUGCUGUAUACAAUUCUAGGGACAUGCUGCAAACCUUUUAGUAAGUCAUAAAGCUCCUUUGGCAUUGUUUCUAAAACAAAACGCAUUUAGAUUACGUAUACAUACAAUUUUUUGGGCAAAGCGUCAGUUUCACUGCAGUGUGUAUAUAUAAUCAUUUGCAGUUUUAAAGGUUUAAAUAAAUGUACUGUAAUAGUAUUCAUACUAUUAAUUAGUUGGCUAGAUUCUUUGCAAAGUCUAUACAGCAUAUCAGAUUCCUAUUGGUAUUAUCUGCAGGCUUUUAUGCCUUUUGUUUACAAUAGAACACUAUUCAUAGAGUCUGCGAUUCAUGUUGUUGAUUGCUUGAUUACAGAAAACCUGGUUAAUCCAAACUGUAAUAUUCUACGUAACUGUUAAAGUGAAAGUUUUUUAAGAUAGUUUAUACUAUUUAAUUGUUUUUUACUUGUAUAAAUGACCAAUUAAACUAAUCAAUGUUACAAACUACUCGUUGGGAUCAACCAGGUUUUCCCUACAUCUGUUAUCUCUUGUUAUGGAUUUUACCUCUUGAGUCUGAACAAUAAUUUCGUAGGGUUGUAUUAUUCAUUAUAGAGUUUAGAAGAGCAAUUUUAAAGCAUUAUCAGAUUAUGCUGAUGAUGCUCAUCUUAGGUUAAGCAUAAUUAGGGCAUUAUUUUGUAAUUAAUCCUUACUUUUGAAGAUGAAUUCAGUACUGUACAAUAUGGGACUUGAGCCUUAUUUGUUUAUUAAUAGUCCCAGAGGGUACUGCUGCAGUUCUGAAACAUUCUAAAGAAGUGUGUGGAUAUUGACAACAGAAACAUGUUGAGAGACUCUGCGUACUGCCGUAUAGCGUAUCUUCCCUGAUCUUGAGGAUUAGUCUUGCUAUAAAUACCCUUAGCCCCAACACAGAGGCCUCGACUAUAGUAUAUAUGGCACAUUAUACCAUUCCCAGCAUAAUGUUCAGUCAUGGUUUAUAGGAAAAAACCAGACUAAGUGUCUACAUGAAGCUGCAUUCCAAGUGGUGGAGCCAAACUGCCACAUACCUGUAUAUGCACCAGACAACUAUGAGCCAGAGCACAAGCUUGGCCACAUAACUAGGAAAUUGUUUGCCUUGGAAGCAGGCCAUUGCAGAACAACUGAUUACAAGCUCAUAUUGACAUCUUUUUAUCAUCUAUGCAAUAAGGCAGUAAUAUGAAAUAAACAUUUCUCAUUA